GAUGUCACAAACAUUUAUGCUAGAACCAGAUAUAAUAGCGGCUGCAGAAAAUGUUCUGCCUGAUCUCAACAACGAUUUGGUGCUUGCUAAAAAUUUCUUAAAACAACAGUCUGGCGCUACUGGUGAUACGCUAUAUGAUCACAUGGUGGACGUUGUACACAAAAUUUUAUCGCAAAAGCCUCCAGAUGUUGUUGACAAUUUUGAACAAUAUUCAUGGCAAGUGAAACAAGAGAAGUUUCGACCAAAUUUCGAUUUAUUGAACGAUAUCUACCUCGCGCCACCGCAGCUUGCUCUAAUUAGACGAAUGGAUGAAAUGUUUCGGUUAGUUGCGAGUAAGAGUCAGAGAAUGGAAGAUCUCGGUGAAGAGGAGCAGGAGUUAGAUUUAGAGGAGGAUUCCUUAAGGCCAAGGAUCGCGGAUAUCAUUGAGCACAAUUACUACUUUCGUGAGUGUGGUUACGGUUUGUCUGAACAAGAAUGUUAUGCGGUGUACAUAGCUCUCAAUAUGCUGGCCAUCAAGGAACCGGUAGCCACUAUUAGAUUCUUUGGCAAGAUUUUUGGUACCAAAGCAAAUUACUACGUCGCAGAGACUGAUCUCACUAUAGAAGAGUUGGAUAGGCGUAUCAGAGAGUUCGAAAUGAAAGACAUGCCCGGCGAGGGUGAAGGCGCAGAAGAAGAUCGUGCUCAAGAAAUAGAAGAACAAAAGGAAAUGAUGGGCGAAGGUGAGGCUAAGGAAGAGAAACCUAAAGAACCAGUGCCUCCCAAACUGCCUCCAAUUCCCGAGUCCACGUGGCAACCACCCCCUAUUAUACCUGUCGAGAGGCCGGGCCAAGGUGUUAAUAAAAAGACGUACUACGUCUGCAAUCAACCGGGCGAGCCCUGGGUAUGUCUUCCAGAUGUAACUCCGCAUCAGAUCCGAGUGGCGAGACUUUCGGUCCGUUGUAUGACCGGUGACCUUGAUGCAGAGGUAAUCACUUACCCACCAUUCGAGGGCACGGAACGUAAUUAUCUUCGGGCCCAAUUGGCUCGUAUUCAAGCAGCGACCUCCGUCUCACCGCAGGGAUUUUACACCUUUGGCUCGGGAGAAGAGGAAGAAGAUAUCGAUUUGGAAGAGGGAGCGGGAGAUAUGGCCUUCAAUCCAAAUCCCUUCUACCAAGGCCACACCCUUAAAGACUUGGUUGAUUCAAAUCUGACUUACUGGGUUCACCACGGCAGACAUAUCCUCAAGCAGGGUAGAACUAUAUGGUGGAAUCCUAAUGCAGGAUUGGAUGAAGCGGUUGAAGAAGAAGAAGAUGAAGGCCUUCCACCCAUGGAGCCUGAAUCCGGUCCUUCACUAUUCACAUCUCUCUCUGAAGAUGGCCGACUCGAGGGUCAGAAUGCUUGGAGCGCCCGCGUCAGCUCUACCCUGGUGCCAGACAGGGCUGUAGCAUAUCUGAGAAGUAACAUAUGGCCUGGUGCUGUCGCUUAUUCUACAACUGGGAAGAAAUCUGAAUGCAUGUACGUUGGAUGGGGCCUGAAAUACCAGCCUCCGAACUUCAGUCCUCUACAGCUGCCGCGGCCGCAGGAAGAAUACGCUAUUGGACCAGAGGUUAUGGAGAUGGCUGAUCCAACGUUCGCGGAUGAAGAGGCUUACCGAAUCGCCCACCUACCUCCACCGCCACCAGUGCUGCAAGGGGAAGGGGAGGGGGAGGGUCUACCCGAAGAAGAGGAGGAAGAAGAUUAAAACACAUCAUUUACAUAGCUUUAGUUUUGUAAAUAUUUGGUAGUGUAUCGAAACAAUAUUUUCCAUGAGUACCAAUACCUUUUGAGCACAAUAUUCCGAGUCAGGGAAA